GCCAAAAGGCGUUUGGCUGCUUUGCUGUUGUCUUCCUUCAAGCCAGUAUACAGAACAGAAGAAGCCGGGAGGUAGCGAAAAGAGUCGAGUAAGUCGAUUAGGCUGCCUAAUCGACGAGUGACGACGGGAGAAGGAAAACGAAACAACGAAGCACUGCAUUAGGCAGGGAACCUGAUAAAACGAGGCGUGUCAAUGCCCGGGCCUACUUUGGGGAUGGAGACAGUGGAGCCACAGUCAUUGAAGAAGCUAAGCCUGAAGUCACUGAAGCGUGCUCUCGAUCUCUUCUCUCCUAUCCAUGGCCAGCUCCCGCCUCCUGAUCCCGAGAGUAAAAAAAUCCGCAUGAGCCUCAAGAUCAGUAAUGAAUAUGGAGGUGUUAAGCCCGCUGGCCAACCUCCACGCAAAGUUAGUUCUGAUGCCCAGGAUCGUGAUCAACAAGCUCCAGGCUCUUCCAAUGUGCUUGCCCUUCCAGGUCCAGGUGAUUCUAGAAACCCACUGAAUCGAGAUGGUCAAAAUGCUUUGGUUGUUGGUCCAUCUUUGCAAUCAAAGGCACCAAGUAAUGUUGGUCUUUCAGGCAAAAGUACUACAGUUGUUUCUGCCCCUGUUCCAUUCGACAGGAACUUUUCGACCUCUGCUUUGAUGGAAAGAAUCCCAAGUAAAUGGCCACGUCCUGUUUGGCGUGCUCCAUGGAAAAACUACAGGGUUAUUAGUGGCCAUUUGGGAUGGGUGAGAUCUAUUGCAUUUGAGCCAGGUAAUCAAUGGUUCUGCACCGGCUCUGCAGAUCGCACAAUUAAGAUAUGGGAUGUAGCGACUGGGGUGCUAAAGCUCACACUAACAGGACACAUCGAGCAAGUACGAGGUCUUGCUGUAAGCAACAAACAUACAUACAUGUUUUCUGCUGGUGAUGACAAACAAGUCAAAUGUUGGGAUCUAGAACAGAAUAAGGUUAUUCGAUCUUAUCAUGGCCAUUUAAGUGGUGUCUACUGUUUGGCUCUCCACCCCACUAUUGACAUCUUACUUACUGGUGGACGUGAUUCUGUAUGCCGGGUCUGGGAUAUCCGAAGCAAGAUGCAAAUUCAUGCCUUGUCUGGACAUGAAAAUACAGUUUGUUCAGUUUUUACUCGACCAAUGGAUCCACAAGUUGUUACUGGAUCUCAUGACUCAACUAUCAAGUUCUGGGACCUUAGAUAUGGUAAAACAAUGUUGACUCUCACACAUCACAAAAAAUCUGUGCGAGCCAUGGCAUUGCAUCCGAAAGAGAAUUGUUUUGCAUCUGCAUCAGCUGAGAACAUUAAGAAAUUUAACCUUCCAAAGGGAGAAUUUUUGCACAAUAUGCUAUCUCAGCAGAAAACCAUAAUUAACACCAUGGCUGUUAACGAGGAGGGAGUAUUGGCUACAGGAGGUGAUAAUGGGAGUUUGUGGUUCUGGGAUUGGAAGAGCGGUCACAAUUUCCAGCAGACACAAACAAUUGUGCAGCCUGGCUCAUUGGAUAGUGAAGCUGGUAUGUAUGCCCUCUCUUACGAUGUCACGGGCACGAGGCUUGUUUCAUGUGAAGCUGAUAAGACAAUUAAAAUGUGGAAAGAAGAUCCAAAUGCCACUCCAGAAACGCACCCCCUCAACUUCAAGCCCCCUAAAGAUAUCCGGCGAUUCUAGGUUCCAUGCUUCCUUAUGGUUAUCAUUUAAUGAUGUUCUGACAGUAUUUACCAAGAUCUGACACCAUCUGCAUCAAGAGAAGUGCAGAUGGCAUUCUGAUUUGGAACACUUUGAUUGGUAAGAUUAUGGCUGCCUCCAAAUGUGGACUGAAGCAUGUGUUACAGAUUAAGAUUGAGUUGGUAGAAUAGAUUCAGCUGAACCUUACUAAGUUUUUCAGCGGACCGUUGUCUUUCGUAUCUUCCAUUUUCAUUCUAUCUGUUGCACUUCAUAAUCUGUGUGGAUGAUUAUGUAGAAAAGCAAUUUAAAACUUUCGUGACUGAAUCGUCGGUUUGAAGUGUUGAGAUAUGGUCGGUAA